AUGCUUACAAAAAGCUUAGUCUCAUCCGGUUCAAUGUUAUUAUCUCCGCUUUGUAUACCAUAUGGGUAUGCUUCCUCCCCAGGGUUACCAUUCAACAAUUCACUUUGUUUCAAGGGCAGAAAAGAUCAGAGAAAUAUUGUUUGUGCUUGUGUGGCUCCUCCACCCAACAUAGGGAGCGAUGGAUUUUCUGCAACCAAAUUCACUGAUUCAUAUAAACCAGAGGAAUUAAGCAGGAUAGGUGAACCGGAGGAUGAUUGUGAUGUUCUUAUCGAAUGCAGAAAUGUUUACAAGUCAUUCGGGGAGAAGCAUAUAUUAAGAGGUGUGAACUUCAAGAUUAGACAUGGUGAAGCAGUUGGAAUAAUUGGACCUUCUGGUACUGGUAAAUCUACAAUUUUGAAGAUUAUUGCAGGACUUCUAGCUCCCGAUGGGGGUGAGGUUUAUAUUCGAGGUAAAAAGAGAGAUGGUUUGAUCAGCGAUGAGGAGAUGUCUGGGCUUCGAAUUGGAUUGGUGUUUCAAAGUGCGGCACUUUUUGAUUCUUUGACCGUUCGUGAAAAUGUUGGUUUCCUUUUAUAUGAAAAUUCUAGCAUGUCGGAAGAACAAAUCGAGGAUCUUGUGACAGAAACUUUGGCUGCAGUUGGUUUAAAGGGAGUAGAGGACCGUUUACCUUCCGAGUUAUCUGGCGGGAUGAAGAAAAGAGUUGCUUUAGCUCGGUCUAUAAUUUUUGAUACCACUAAGGAAACAAUUGAGCCAGAGGUACUCUUAUACGAUGAACCAACAGCUGGACUUGAUCCAAUAGCAUCUACUGUAGUUGAAGAUCUCAUUCGCUCUGUUCAUAUAAAAGGUGAGGAUGCACUUGGGAAACCUGGGAAGAUUGCAUCUUAUGUGGUGGUUACUCAUCAACAUAGUACCGUUAGAAGGGCUGUUGACAGGUUGUUGUUUCUACAUGAAGGAAAGGUUGUGUGGCAAGGAAUGACUCAUGAAUUCAUGACAUCAACCAAUCCAAUUGUUCAACAGUUUGCAUCCGGCAGCCUUGAUGGACCUAUUAAAUAUUAG